AUAUGCUGAAGUAGGCCGUGUGUGCCGAGCAAUUUGCAUAAUAGCGGAACAUAAAGGCAUGCGCUCCAGUCUUGUGCCCAUUGCUGUUGGAUGGGUUUAUAUUGGCUGCAGGAGCCUGCCUCCCUCAAAACGUGUCACCACCCUGCUCCCACGGCUAACGACUAGGGCCUAUUUGCAGACCUGAGGCGCUCCAGUCUGGUCUUCACUUGGGAAAAUAUCUCUGGCUCAGAUAUGUGCACAAGAGUCAAGCCAAUGUGAGCUCAGCUGCAGACCAACUCUGUCGUUUUGACUUGGCAACUGUUUUUCCGUCCGUCCCUGCACCGGUCAGAUCUCCAUCCAGUCCCGUUUGUGUUCAGAGAGAGUCCGGUCUGCCUACCAUCAGUCAGUUUUCUCCUGAGUUGGUGUAUUCUGAUGGAUCAGUAUGUCUACCACUAAUAAUAUCGCCCAGGCCAGGAAACUGGUGGAACAGCUGAGGAUCGAGGCAGGGAUUGAACGCAUUAAGGUGUCUAAAGCAGCAGCAGACCUGAUGAGUUAUUGUGAGCAGCACGCUCGUAGCGACCCUCUGCUGGUUGGGGUUCCCACCUCCGAAAACCCUUUCAAGGACAAGAAGCCCUGCAUCAUCCUAUAGCCGCGCUACGCUCCUCCUGCCAUCACACACUACACACACACACACACACACACACACAUAUAUGCUCAUGCACAUACACACAAACAUCAUUGCACACAUUCAGUACUUCAAUUGAUCCCCAGACACACACAUCACAUGCAAACACACACUUCUAACGCAUCUAGCAUACACACACACUCCCCAAAUAGCCACUCUGGAAAAGCGCCAUACCCUGGAGCCGCAGCUAGAGGGCAGGUAUCUUGUUCUCUCGGUGGCUGAGAUCAGUAUAUCACUGAGGUGCUUUUGGUAAUAUUCAUAUAUGCUGGUAAAUUAACUACAAGUGUCAGCUUAACUUGAAAAAAGAGAUUUGGACAUUAAUAAUCAGUAGGAAACCAGGAUAUUUGUUCCUUGUUUUGUCAUGAAAUGAGAGGUUGGGUAAAGGAUGGACAGCAGUGCCAUAGGCAAGGAGUGGGAGGUUGCAUGUAGGCAACAGAAAUGGUUGGUAGGCGCUCUUGCCGACCAUGCCAAACACAACCUGGUUUCCCAUUAAAAGCUCAAUAAAAGCUUUUUUUUUGUGAAAGUUUUAAAAAGGUUUGAGAGAUUUUCCCACAAACCUGCCAUGUGCGUAAUUAUAGCAGCUUAUUUUGGAGCGAGUGGCUAAAGCCUUUGCCUUUAUCAGGCUAGCAUGUUCCCACCCAAACCUGUAUCAACAGACCUUCUCUGCCUGUGGCCUCACUGCAGCCUUUUGGCCAAACCUCCAGCUGUGCCAACCUGUACAGAAAGUCGUCUCUAGAUGCUGAUCUGCUGUCACCGAUUCCACUGCAGUUUAUUAUGGCUGCUGUUGGUUGAAAUCGAUGUCUAAGCUGACCUCAGAUCUGCACCUACGACGGGAACAUUGUGAACUGCUCUACACAGAACUCAAGCUAUUAACCCUGGACGUUUACUGCAUUUUUCUUAAGAAAUACUUGUUCGUGAACUCAAUGUACGUUUUGAUAUUUUGUUGAAGCAUUACUUAACAGAUUAGAUAAUAUUUUACUUUUUUAUUAUUGUUUUGGUUUGACAUAUGUGUUGCCCCUGGCUGAGCCGUUUUUUCUUCCUGUCUGACGUUAAAUGCUAGUAUUAAUGAAACAACAGGGGAUCUGGUUGUAAGCCAGGGGUGAUACCUAACCAGAUACCUGCUAGAAUCUUAAACAAAGGGUUCUACUGUACAUCAAACCUCCCUGUGCUUUAGCCUGAGAGAGGGCCAGGUCACAGACUGACCAUACCUUAGAAUCAGUCUGCAAGGACUGCAAGGCUGGAGGAGUAAACCCCGUCUUAAAAAGUAAAAGUGAAGCUGAAAGUAGAAAUCAAGCUUUCCAUUUUCUACCUUCUCCUCUUAUGUUUGACUCUUUUCAAUUGGCAGUUUGCAUAAGGUUAAGUGAAGAGAUAUAUUGCAUUGGAUAAUGCAAAAAUUGAGGUGUUUGUUUUGUGUGCCUCUACAGUAGAGAAGAGGGAUACCUCUUGUUUCAAUGCAUACUAAUUAUGGCUUUAAAUCCGAUUAUGAUUAAUAUGACCUGGCUUUACCAGUCUUUAAAGUUUCCAGUCUCCCAGUUUGAGCUCAAUCUGGUCAGGGACUGGAUUGGUCCCGUCUCCGAGUUUCCACUGUCCUCCUCUCCUCCACAAUGCUCCUCCUCUCUGACAAACCAAACUUGAUUGUAAAAGCUCAAGAUAAAGUGAGGAAAAAAACGAAGUCAAGAGAAACAAACUAAGUGUAUAAACUUUCUUUCAGACGUGCAGAAGUGAUAAGUUGAAGAGUAGCUGUUUUGAGUUUAUUUUCGAGUUUCUUCUUUCUAUAGAGUCCAUGGAACCUGGUCAGUUGAGUAUUACCCUGUACAGUGUUUGUAAGAUGCAAAAUCUUAACACAGAAUUCCUUUCUGUGGAUGUUGGAUUUUUUUUUUAGUACUACUUAUUCUGUUCUGUCAGUCACCGUCAUGUCUGUCUUCAUUCCAUCUUCUUUUUUUGUUAUUCAGGUUUUUAGAGGCUUGUGAUAGCAGAGGAUGGUUUUAAUCACAGAUACAAAUACAAACACCUGAUAAAAACAAAAGCCCAGUUAGGUUUAGGAUUGUAUCCUGUUAGAGGAUGAAUCAACAUCGGACCUCAUUCCUGUGGCAAAAACCAACCUCCUGAUCUAUACUCUAAAACCAGAGCAGCCAUUUUAUUCUCAAGUAUUGGUUUUGGUGGGACAGGCAACUAGGACUAUGCACAUAGCACACACUCUUUUGCUGUUCAUUUUUAGGUUUGAUUGUCACAGGUCAAAGGUUAAAGGAGCGGCGGGGCUGGGGACUGAGAGCUGCUUUUGAUGAUUAAUUGCUGAAAGAAGGAAGCUUCGUGCCAUCAUGUUCACAUUUGAGCAUUUAGCCGAUGCUUUUGUCAAGAGUAAUGUAAAGUGAAAGAGCAGGGUGGAGUAAUUUGGGCAAGACUUAUGGCUGCUAAUGGACUGUCAGGAGAGUUGAACCCAUUUUCUUAUAACUUGGUCAAUAUAAGCCAUCUGCUGCACUGACUUCUGGGGCUGAGAGGUGAGCACCUUUUCGUGUGCACACAGUCUGAAAAACAGACAUGUUGUAAACAUACCCACAUUAAAAAGUAAGUUAGUAGUGUCUUUAGACCUAGAAGUGUUAUUUUCUUUAUACGACAUUUAAAACUUGAUUUUGGUGCAAUUUUGGGACAGAAUGAAAAUAUCUUAUAAUUAGGUGCCCAUGACCAACUUGUCUUUAAAGAAAUAGUUUGACAUUUUGGGACAUACGCUUUUUCACUUACUUGUUGAGAGGAGAUUGAUACCAAUCUCAUGUUUAGUGCAAGUGAUACGGAUCUUCUCAUCCAACUCCACAAGAACGCAAAUAAGCGUUUUCUUGAAAAUGUGAAAACUAUUUCUUAAUCAAGGUUUAAUUGCUAAUUAACAUCACUGCUUGUGUACUGCAGGCGAUGGUUCUUGGUACAGAGCCCUGCUUCAUCUUCUAUUUCCCUUUGUUCCGAACAAAGAGGGCAGGCAGUUCCCAAAGUACAGAAAGAGCAGGAGCUGCAGAAAGGCCAGAGAGAGAGAGAGAGAGAGAAAGAGAGAGAGAGAGCUGAGUGUGUGUGCGUGUGUGUGGGGGUGCCGGGUGCUAAUGUUUGGUGGCUGAAAAGUAUGAUUUGGCAGAGCAGUAGGCAGAGAAGAGAAAAUAGAGGUACACGAGUGUGUGCAUUUGUGUGUGUUUAUUUGUGAGAAAGACACAAUGUGUAAGAACACACAGUGCCUCCAGUGCUGUGUAGAGUGUCACAUAGUUAUGUUACUGCAGCCCUACAUUCCAGGUCAGGGUGAGUUUGACGAGAGGAGAGGUCAUGAGUCCGAGCAGCAUGUAUGGUUCUCCACUCACUAUUUUCAUCUGUCAGAUGCUGGUGUGCUCAUUCUGGAGAAGAGUAAAUAAGGAUUCUGUCACAAGCUAAAAUCGUUUGGUUGAAGCGUGGGAAGCCAUUUUUAUGUGAUGACCAAUAAUAACCCCAAACAACCCACAAAGCUAACAAAGAAUUUAUUUUUCUGUUUAGCUCUAUCUGUGACUGACUACUACAUUAUAUUAACUGCAGUUUAUUUUCACCACUCCAUAAAGCCUUCAAGACAUUUUGGGAAAAAUGCUGAUUGAUACCUCUCUCAUAUUUAUCUGAUCAAAAUGAAGCUAAAGGCAGAAGCUAGUUAGCUUAGCUUAGCCUAAAGACUUCUAGCCCGGCUUUGUCCAAAAGGUUGUUAGCUCUAAAGCUCACCAAUUAACUGGCUAUAUAUCUCAUUGAAAUAUUGUUGAAUCAUCAUUGUGAAGUUGCUAGGCAACCAACAGAUGUUCCACAUUUCUAGUCUUAUGCUAAGCUCACCAGCUAAUGACUACAGCGUCAUAUUAUCAAACAGACAAGAAAGUGGUAUCAAUCUUCUCUUCAAACUGUCAGCAAGGAUUGUAUCAGUAUUUCUUAAAAUGUCAAACUAUUUCUUUAAAUAAAAUAAAUCCCUUCAUCUAAAUCUGUAGAGAUAAUUGAAGAGAUGGUUUGACCUGAUUGAGGUUGAUAUGAUAGGUGGUCUUUUCAUCACA